GCCGCCUCCUGGGUUAUUUUUUUCUUCCCGCUGCCCCGGGGUUCUGGUUUCUAGAAUCACUUGGCGAAUAACCAGCAGGUGAGCAGAUGUCUUUUCCCGCGCGGAGGACCGACCCGGUAGGGAGCUUCAAUACAUCAGAGUGAGCCCCUGAGAUCCCAUCUCCCUGCGGCUCCCGGGCGGCGCUAUCAGGGAAAGGGGACGCGCCGGAGAAUGAAAGGCUACUAGGCGGGAGAGCCUUUCUGGCCAUUCACCUGGGGCAGUGAGCCUGGCACCCACUAGCAGGGGCGGCCUCCGGUCGGAGCCAACCGUACUUCGAGCUCCGGGCUACUGCCGCCGCUGCGCCAGGAAGUUGGAGGAGCCAGGGGAGACCAGCAACAGCAAUCGGCUUAGCUGGACUGCGGCGAUUUCGGCUAGCACACCUUCCAGAAAGAAACCCGACCUCUCCGAGACCGCGCAGAGGGACGCCGCGCCCCGACUUCCAGAUUAACCCAAGCGCACCCCCUCACGACUCUGCGCGGGGAGAGAGGCGCGGAGCCGCGGGGUCCUGGGAAGCCUGAGCAGCACAGGCCUCUGCUUCGGCGGCUCCCAGCCCGCAGCCCACUUGCGAGAAGCCGGGGCAGGGCCGGGGUGGACGAGAGAGGGGCCGCUGCCGCUGAGGCCCUUCCCCGCUCGCCGCGCCCCCCGCCACUUGGCCCGCUGGCCAUGGCCGACGGCGGCGGCACCAGCAGCUCGGGCUCCUGGUGGAGCUCACUAAAGAACAGCAGGAAGAAAAGCAAGGACGCCGCGGGGGGUGCGAAGCCUCCCGCCCAGCCUGACCCCGGGGAACCCGCGGCGCCCGCCCCGCCUGGCCCGGACUGGACAAGCAGUUCCCGGGAGAAUCAGCAUCCCAAUCUCCUCGGGGGCGCCGGCGAGCCCCACAAGCCAGACAAGUUGGGCGGGGAGAAAUCGGGCAACAGCCGCCGAAAUUUGAAGAUCUCGCGCUCGGGCCGCUUUAAGGAGAAGAGGAAAGUGCGCGCCACUCUGCUCCCCGAGGGAGUCAGGUCCUCGGAGGAGGCGAGCUUCUCUGGUGACCCGCACGACGACAAGCAGUAGCCCGAGCGCUCCAGGACUCUCUUCGCACCACGCCUCCCCAACCCCCAGGGCUAAGCCCGAGAAUUCUGCCCCGCCCCUGUACUUGGAGUCUCAUCCCACCAAAUUCAGAAUAUUCGCACAAGGCCUCCAGAUUUUAUUUUCCUGGAAAUUGACGUGACAAUUGAGUGUUCCGUAUAUCACGACUCCAGGGUGCAUUAAAUAUUUAUUCGUGGUAAGAGAAGAUAACGCAGAGGAAGUUGGCACAAUUUCUUUUUUUUUCAAAAAACUUCAGUGGCCACCUUUGCGUCGCCCGUGGGAGUGAGAAGGGUACUUUUGUAAGAGACCUUAGCUCAACUGGAAUUGCGCAGCCCUCCACUGAGGAUGGCAUGCUCUGAUUCCGAACUUGCUAUUGGAAAGCAAAUCACAGUGCUAUCUUUAAUGCCUGAGAAAUGCACUUUACAAGUACUUCUGUAGACAUACCUUAAGUGAAGGGAUGGGAGACAGCAGGAAGCGUUCUUAAGUAGAAGCAUUUUAAGUAAGGCAAGAUUGCUUUUAAUGUUGAACUGCAAAACUGUACUGCCUGUUUUAG